AUGAUGUCGGUUAAAUUUGUAACUUUAUCGGUGCUGUGCGUGGUAGUAGGAAGUUUUGCUCAUCGCGAUCACCAAUUUCAAGCACCAGGACUAAAUGCAUGGCAGAGCAGCAACGACGAUUCUAUUGCCACCGUAUCUGCAGCUAGAUCAGCGAAUGGCUGGGGAAAGCAACAAUUCAGUACGAGCGAAUUUGGUCCUCAAAUGGGCGACAUUGGUGCGCGAUAUGGCGCUUAUAAAAACUCAAACAACGCUGGUGGUAUUUCUAAUUGCCCAUGUUCUGCCCGAGUCAGUGAUUGGAAGCAGUUUGGCUCCCGUUCAAGUGGAUAUCAGGCAUCUUGGUAGAAAGAAUACAU